AUGUCUGAAGAAGUCCAUAUAGAAGUUGAGGUUAAUCCAAGUACAAUGAUGGUUGAUGAUUCUGAUACUGAUCCUGAUGACGGCGAAGAAGUAAACAAUACUGAUGAGAUUGUUACUGAAAACGAAAAUUGUUCGGUACGCAGUGCUGCUUGGAUGCAUUUUAAGCUAGAUAAAAGUAACAGUAAAAAAGCAAUCUGCAAUCUUUGUUCCCAAAUCUUAAGUUUACCUACAGGAACAACUUCACCAAUGUUUAAGCAUCUCCGAGCGAAACAUAAAGAUGAGUAUAAAAAAUGCAUCGAAGAAAAGAAUCGGAAGCGCAAGAGUGCUGAUGACGAUGAAGAAGAAAAAACGAAGAAACGAAAACAGAGUUUACUGUCUGUUCCAGAAAAACAAGAGAUUGAUCAGCUCAUCAUGGAAAUGAUUGCCAUUGACUUAAAACCAUUCUCGUGGGUUGAAGAUCGAGGGUUUAGAAAUCUUUUAAGAAAAUUGUCUCCUGAUUAUGAGCCACCUUGUCGGACAACAUUUUUCCGUAGUCUCGCGCCUAUUCUUUAUCAUAAAACUAAACAAAAAUCAAUUGCGGAAUUAAGUAGAGAGAUAGAGUCAGGUUUAAUGAGUCUUUCAUUUACAACAGAUUGUUGGAAAUCUAAAGCGAACGAUUCUUAUAUAUCGUUAACAUUGAAUUAUUUGACUUCUGAUUUUUUUCCCAAAAAUCUUAUGCUGAACAUAAAACAGUUACUUGAUCGUCUCACUGGUAAUAACCUCAAAAGUCAUUUAUUUGAUAUGAUGUCUGAAUGGGAUUUAUCAAAUAUCGAUAACGUUCCUAUUUUUUUUAUCACGGAUAAUGCCCGGAAUAUAUCAUCUGCAAUUUCUCAAUUAGAAGUGACACAUUUUUAUUGCUUUGCACAUACGCUUCAGCUAGUAUUGAAGGAUGCUGAGUCGAAAUCCUCUGGCGUAAAAGAAUUAUUAUCUAAAUUUCGAAAGUUUGCUGGUCACUUCCAUCAUUCAGAUCCAGGAAGACGUAAAUUUGAGGAAGCACAGAGCGCGAUUAAUAACUCUAAGCCUUUACAACUGAUUCAAAUGGUCACCACGCGAUGGAAUUCUGACUACGAAAUGCUAGAAAGAAUGCAAAGGGUACAAAAACCCUUGUCAACUGUUCUAGCUGAAUCUAGAGAUUCAGAAUCUAUAUAA